GAAUUGGAGACAUAGUUCAAUCGAGCCAAGCGAUCAAGUCAAGUCCUCCACUUCAUCCACUCCAAAACAAACCACAACACUCCAAAAAUGUUCUCUCUCGUGUCAAUCUUUGUGCUGGGCGUUGCUGCUGCCGCUGCCAUUGAACUGCCAUUGGGUUCCAUCUAUCAUGCUCCCGCCGUGGCCAUUGCGAAGCCCCUCCUCAAGACCGUCGAGGUGGAGGCGCCAGCUCACUACGAUUUCAGCUACUCGGUGCACGACGAUCACACCGGCGACAUCAAGAGCCAGACGGAGUCACGCAAGGGCGAUCAGGUUCAGGGUCAGUACACUCUGAUCGAUGCCGAUGGCUAUCAACGCAUUGUGGAUUACACCUCGGAUGCCCACAACGGUUUCAAUGCUGUUGUGCGCCGUGAACCUCUGGGCCACAAGGUGAUCAAGGCUGCACCCAUUGCCAAGCUGGUUGCUCCCAUUCCCAUUGCCUAUGCGCAGCCCAAGCUUCUCGCUGCUCCCGCCAAGCUGCCACUCAGCCUCUAUCACUAAGGAAUCGAAACUAAGGAAUCGAACCUCGAAGGGGCGAGAAAGAGAGAGAAUCCAAACACUGAUUUCAUCCAUUGCAUUGACGACCCAUCUCUGAACUGAACUGCUCACACUCAACUCAACUCAACGUAGAACUUUUUUUUUUUUUAUUACAUACUUUCCAAGGAUCACUUUUCUGUACUCACUCCUCAUGCUAUCUUUUCUCCAACCAAACAAAACACAUCAAUCCCUCUUUGCCAAGACUCUUUGCACCCGAUCUUCAUAUACAUAUGCAUGCAUAUAUUAGUCGGCGUGUCUCCUAUGUAUUAUACUAUAUUACGAUUAUGUGUAAAAGGAAAGCAAUAAAUGCAUUU